UUGAGAUUUAAUACCUCAAAUAGACGCGCAUUGUGCGAAGAAAUGAUAUGCGCGUUUACACGGGGUAGUACGGUACUUCUUUUUCUUGAGGUCCUGGUAUACCGGUAAGCUACAAAACAAAUGAUACCUAGACUAGAUAACAAUAGAUUCAUGUACACAAGUCUGGUAACAAUAGAUACAUGUACACAAGUCUUUUCUUCUCAGUAUUAAUAUAGAUAGAUACACACUUUCUGCUUGUUUAAAUACUAUACUGUCUGUGCUAUACUACUCUAACCAAAGUAUACCUGAAAACAGUAAAUCAUGCACUGGGAACAUAUAUAUAAGACCCAUAAAGGAUAGCCAGGAAACCUUAGCUGUUUCCACCACCUCAUGUUUUCAUUUUGGGAUAUGUUGUAGCUUAUUCAUUCACCUACACAAUGGUAUCAACACCAUUUCUUAGAAAGGUUCCAUAUCAACAUUUAUUAAGCACACAUUUGUAGUAAUCUACUCUCUAAGCUGCAUGGAUGCACUGUAUAUUAUGUCUGUAACAGAUGUGGGGGGGGGGGCUUUAAGGCAAUAAAGAAGCAAACAAUGCACUUGCUAUCUAGGCAUGGCUACCUCACACUGUAACUCUGCAAGCCAGUGCAACUUUAUCUGCUCGAUCUGAUUCUCAUAGGCUUUUAAGCUGUCUCUAGUUCUAUAGCUCUCUGUGCAGCAAACACAAGGGAGGGACAUAAGCACCAGAGCUAGGCAACAGCAGGCAGAUCAACAGAUGUUAGCUCAUAUUAUAUUGUAGGUAUAUCACAAAGUAGAUCAAUACUGACAUGCCUGACAUUUUAGGUGUCAGCUCAUAUUAUAUUGUAGGUAUAUCACAAAGUAGACUGACAUGCCUGACAUUUUAGUGUAGUUCCUAUAAAGACCUACUGUACAGAGGAUAUAAAAGAUCAUUUAGCUAUUAUUAUCAAUUAUUAUCAAACAUAAACAAAAAUCUUCCCGUGAGGCGCCUGCGUAUGUGUAUAUACACUGUACGUAUGCCCUAGCUACACAUGUAUAUAUGAGUGAAGUUGUAUAUAUACGCUAGCAUCUUUCCAAUAUUGCAGCAUGUGAUACCAAAGGUAUAAUCUUAGCCCUUGAAGAUAAUAAAUAUUGCUAAACACCUGCAAGCGUACUGCCAUUCAAUCCCUGUAAAACCUAGCUGCACAAAUAAAAAGCUAUUGUACUGCACUCAUAACCAAGGGCAACCCUACAUGUUUAUCGUUUAUCUUGCUAAACUAUUUGGUUGGUGGUUCCCAGAAACUACUGCACCUGAGGGCACCACAUGCUACUGUGUUUUUCCCUACCAUGCAUUUUUCCAAAUGUUUCUGCGCAACACAAGACGCCUCAUCAUGGAGACAUCUAGCGAACUUGUGCUAGUUGCCUUUAAAUGCACUGCAAAUAAUAAUUAUAAGCCAAACCGGUAAACAUUUUGAGAAUUCAAUUCAAUUUGUAAUCUAUUUUGCAAUCUGGCAAAAAUUGUGAUGUGACAUCAUGAUUGUCAUACACAAGUACUACCGUAUAUAGCGGGUAUAUUUCGAGGGUAUAAAUUUUUGCGGAUGUGCCUUUAGAAAGGUUUUCGCGGAUUUAAUUUUCGUGGAAUAGCGCCUUUUUUGCAACAUGCAUGCAUGGAAUAUUAAAUUCGCGGUUAUAAAUGUUCGCGGUUCAUGCCUAAUCCGCGAAAACCACGAACAUUUAUACCCUCGAAAUAUACCCUCUAUACGGUAUAAUUAUAGGCUUGCGAGUCUAGCCACAUAACACAUUUUUACAGUAGAAACCGUAAUGCAUGUACUGAUGAUGUAAUUACUUGUUUGUGUAAUGAAAUCAUUAAAAUAUUCCACUGUCAACAUACUGAAUUAAAUGAAUAUGAGGUCAUAAUUAUGGCCUCAUUAAUUUACAAAAACCAUAACAUUUUUCUCUGUUUUAAGGUACUAACUUUGGCUGAUUUAUAGCAGAUUCAUAGCCCAAAAUAUGUACAGUGUGUGAUAGGUUUGAAGGGUUGAAGGGAAAGUUUGGAGUUAGAUACAGAGGAAAAAAGGGCUAUUUUAGCUUGCUUAGCAUACUGUAAAUGUUCGUUAGAAAAAAGAAAAGAUUUAAUGCGUUUUACUGUUAAUUAGCGCGGACUUAAUUUAGCGUUAUUACAAAUUCGCUAAAAUUAGUACCCGUUUAUAAUAGCAGCAUGAAUAGUGAAUAGUGAAUAGUGCAUUCAUGCACUCCUGAUAAAUAGUAAAUCUACUUUUCCUGGGGUAAUGGCUUUAAAUCAAAAUUACAAAUCAGGCGUAUUUAUGCAUGUGUUGAUCUAUACAUGUUUUACAAUUGCAAGUAAUCCCUUUUACUCCCUAAAUAUUCUGCUUCCCUCCUAGGCCCACAAAGAUGUGAUUGCAAAGAACCAGUUAAAGGAGCAGUCUCUACCUGGGCUCACUAAGUACACAACAGAGCAGAUGCUGUUCAUUAACUUCGGUCAGGGUUUGCAGGGUGUUCUUCUCUACUUCUCAAAAUGGGUGAUCAUCUUUUACUUCGAGAAGGUCGUUUUUAACAGAUUUGAUGUGCUCGCCAAUACCUACUUUUGGAAAUUCUUGCAAAUGCGGGACCCUUAACGUUAUGUAUCUGCUCUGAUCUUUUACCAUCGUCAACACUCUAUCCACGCCUUUUGUUGGCCAUCCAUACUCUUGCGGUUUGAAGUGCUCCACAAUUACUGCAGCUAGAUCUUCUGGUGAUUUACUGUUGGGGUAUGUUGCAACCGAGAAUUCUAAUCAUCUCUUAGAAUCAACGCCUGAAAGAUUCUGGAGACAUCAUGUAAGGAGUGAUAUUAUAUAAGCAUGCAAGUAUAGGGGGCGAUCAGUUGGUCCUUCAUACACCUGUAUGUUGGUACCCUCUGCUUGUACCCAUAGUCCUUUGGCAUUUGAGAACUAAGACUGUUACAAUGUAUGUGCAAAUCUUUCGAUAAGUAGGCAAGUCGUUGAUAAAAAAAACUAUUAGCCAAAGAACACUGCCUAGGAACAUCUUGUCAACUGCCGUUAAUGUUGCUUUGUCAGAUUCAAUCAGCUCCUCUAUGAUUUCCAGUUCUCCAAACUCUUACCGCUGAUAAAUGGCUUGAUGUCAGAGUGCAGUUCCAACAGUCUGGGCUGAUCCUGUCCAGUCCCAGCGCGUACACAGACAAUUGGACCGGACCCCGGCCUCAACCUGGCUGCCCUCAAGACAUUCAUCGUGUCCACCCUGUCCCUCAUCCAGCCCUCAGGCAACACCACUUUGUUUGAGGAGGCUGCCGACGGUAUCACUGAGUUUAAGACCAGUCUAGCCAACUCUUCUACAGCAAUGUUGACCUGCGAGACAUAGACAAGACGUACAACCUGCUUAAGGUGAAUGAACUCUCCAAUCUAUGGCCGUACUUCCGCUGGGAAGACUUUGUGGCUGAGAUGAUGGAUAAUGUAAAGGUCAACGUUAGCAUGGAUGAACUGUUAAUCAUGCGCACUCCAUACUACUUCUCCAACCUCACUAAACUGUACAACUCCACCGAGCACAGUGUUCUGGAGAACUAUGCCAAGUGGCAGCUGAUCCGCUCCUACAUACCCUACCUCAGUGACAACUUCGUCAACGUCUACUACGCCUUUACCAAGACAACACAAGGUUCUGGAGAGCAGCAGCGCUACAAGACGUGCAUUGGGGUGGUUCAGGACCUGCUGCCCAUUGCCCUGGCCAGACCAUACUCAAAGUACGUACUGCCUCAGGGGACAAAGGGCAAUGUAUCCAUGGUGGUAGACAACAUCAAAAAGAGUGCCUUCAAGGAGCGGCUGGAUGCCAACACCUGGUUGGACGCCACCACCAAGGAGAAGUGUAAGGAUAAGGUGGACGCCAUCACUAAACAGGUGGCCUAUCCCGACCAACUCAUUGACGACAACUACCUCAACGGGCUCUACCAGAAUUACAACAUCAGUGCUGAGACCUACUUUGACAACUUUCUGCUCAGCUCAAAGGAAGUGUUGUUCGACAACCUACAGCUGCUGAGGGGACCGGUGGACAAGACCAUGUGGUUAAACGCCCCCACAGCUGUCAACGCUUACUAUGACCCACAAUUCAACGGAUUCGUGUUUCUGGAGGGCAUUUUGAAUAUACCAUUCUUUAACGCAGGAUGGCCAUUCUACUCCACAUAUGGUGCUCUUGGUGUAGUGGUGGGUCACGAGCUCACACACGGCUUCGGUGACCAGGGUCAGUGUUAUGAUAAGGAUGGUAUUCUGGAGCCAUGGUGGAGCAGUGACUCAGUGAAGGCAUUCGACCAGAGGAAGGAGUGCUUUGUUGAGCAGUACUCAAAGUACGAGGUGUUUGGAUAUCAAAUCAAUGGCAGUUUGACUCUAGGAGAGAACAUUGCUGACAAUGGAGGAAUCAAGUCUGCCUUUCAGGCGCACAAAGAUGUGGUUGCAAAGAACCAGCUCAAGGAACAGUCUCUACCUGGGCUCACCAAGUACACCCCAGAGCAGAUGCUGUUCAUUAAUUUCGGUCAGGUGUGGUGCUCACUGUUCACUCCAGAGGCUGUCAGUGUCUCUACUAAAGUGGACCCACACAGUCCAGGGCCAUACAGAGUGAUUGGUUCGCUGGUGAAUAGUCCGGAGUUUGCCAGUGCCUUCAAUUGCCCUACUGACUCUCCCAUGAACCCCAUGGAUAAGUGCCUCAUGUGGUAACACUCACUAUCCUCCCAUUACAAACUAUUGUUUUUAUUUGUGCUCAGUUUUGCUUUAGAGCAGUUUUGAUUUUAAAGCAUCAUUCCACUACUUGUUGGUGUUUCUGUGUGUAAAUGAUUCUUUCAGAAUAAAGUGAAGUGAAACUAGA